UAAAUCGUCUCUCACAGGCUAUUCGGCAGCUUGUUUAUUCAAGGAGUUUCGCUUUUUUUUUUCUUCUCUGCAGCUUCACACGAGAGUAAAGUUUACCAGGUCUUGGUGGCAUGGAUCUCUGUGUGACCAUCAAAGGGGUCUCCUUCCUCUUGCAGACAGGUAUGGGCAUUUUGGGGAACGGCGUGGUGCUGUUGGCGUACGCCAGCAUAAUCUGCACCGAACCGAAGCUCCUUCCCGUGGACAUGAUCCUGUGCCACCUCGCCUUCGCCAACCUGAUGCUGCUGCUGACCCGCUGCGUGCCCCAGACCAUGACUGUGUUCGGGUUGAAGGGCCUUCUGAACGACCCCGGCUGUAAGGUGGUGAUCUACGCCUAUCGCGUCGGCAGGGCUUUGUCGGUUUGCAUCACCUGCAUGCUGAGCGUCUUCCAGGCGGCGACAAUAGCCCCCGCAGGCCCCAGAUUGUCCAGGCUGAAGCCGACGCUUCCCUCCCUGGUCCUUCCCACCUUUGCCAUGCUGUGGUUCCUUAACAUGGCCAUUUGCAUCGCAGCGCCUCUCUUCUCCAUGGCUCCGCGUAACGGCACCGUCCCUGCAUUCACCCUCAACCUGGGCUUCUGCCACGUGGACUUCAGAGACAACCUGUCCUACGUUGUCAACGGGGUGGCCGUCUCCGGCAGGGAUUUUGCAUUCGUGGCCCUGAUGGUGGGCUCCAGCGGUUACAUCCUCCUGCUUCUCCACCGCCACAGCGAGCAGGUGAGAGGGAUCCGUCGCUCUCACGGCAGCGGGGCGGAAACCAGAGCGGCCAAGACCGUGGUGACCCUGGUGGUCCUCUACGUCGUGUUCUUUGGCAUCGACAACGUGAUCUGGAUCUACAUGCUGACGGUCUCAAAGGUGUCGCCGGUGGUGGCCGACAUGAGGGUGUUCUUCUCCUCCUGCUAUGCCUCGCUCAGCCCCUACUUCAUCAUUUCGUCCAACAAGAAGGUCAAGAGGAAGAUUGUGUGCGCGGCGGAGCAUGACCAACCGUUAGUGGACACUCAGGAGUCGAAUGAGAAGUGACUGUUUCUGUCUUGACCGCCUCCAAAGCGUAUAGCAUGCAGCAAAUGUUCUCCGUCAAACCUGUUUAUUUGGAGCGUUUUUUUUUACAAAGAUGGGUAGUAUUUAGCGCCUCUCUGGUCGUUUAGAUUUCUGAAAUGCUGCAAUGGAUUGGUGCCAUUUGAACAGAACACACAACGCACAGCAAUCGUAUGUAACAUAAAAAACGUGGCCAGAAUGUGACUUGAAUUUAAAGCUGUGUAGCUGUAUGUGCAUUCAGGCAAUGUAGUUUGGCUCCACUAGUCAAUUAUAUACAGGAGCUCUAAGAAUUUGAUAAGUCUCACCUGGGUGGAUUUGCUGUUUCACUAUUGUCUUCGUCUUUGUUGGUCAUCAAAAGCAAUUAUAUCUUCUAAUUGGUAAUGUUAU